AUUUUCGGCCAGGUGGCUCUUGACGACCUACGAAGAGUUCUCUCUCCUCUAGUGCACCUUUGCGUCCGCCCCGCCAGCUCCUUCCCAGAUCCGUCUGGAGCGUGUGCCGUGUGCCGGGCCCGAGACAGUGAUGCGGCUUCGGUGCCUUGCGGAGAGACGGCGCCCGUGAGCGCUCCACUUACUCAUCAGCCGGCAAGACGGAGCGGCUCAGCAGAGCGGGUGCCGUGAGCAGGCAGCACUCUUCACCAGCCGACGAGCACCUGAUAUGUGUUUCAGGCUUCCCGCUGUGUCCGAUUUCUUCUGUAGUAGGUUUUCCUGGCAGGUACUAACAGAAAAAAAAUAAACAUUAUUUCAUAUGGCAAUAAAUUCAUAGCGUAGGAUAGUUUGUCACACGAGCUUGCUUUAGCUAUAAUAGGUGAAGAUUUUUCUUUAACUGUAUGAUCAACAGUCAUAGUUUGGGGAAAAAAAAAAGUGAAGUAAGAUGAUAAAGAGUAGAGAGGAUUUUAGCACGCAAACCAGAGGGCUGUCCUCCAGUUGUGAAAAGGAAACGAAGAGUCGGAAGUCCCCGGUUGUGGUCUUGGCUCUGAUGCUUGUAACUCCUCAAGUAUUGAUUUUCUCUCUCAGUAAAAGACGGACCCUUCCUAGAAGACAGGGUUGUUUUGAAAAUAAGUUGUUAUUAGAGCGGUGAAAACGUUCUGGAAAGUUGAACUUGCACAUUCAUCACCGUCAGCACGGAUCUAGUUUGAGUAGAUUGUUCAGACAAUAAGAAUGAAGUUAGAUGCAAAUCGCCUGACGUCCGUUUGAGCGUUCAUGACAGCACGGUCUAGUUCGUAUGCGUGCCCCGCUCCUCUGCCAGAUGAGAAGCUUCAUGAUUUCGUCGUGUGCCCAGUGUACAGCGCUGGGCAGGUGUUCAGGAAGGUUCCCUGGAUAGGAAACUAUCUUCAUUUAUCUCAAAGUGAUUGAAGAAUAACUGAAAAACUAGAGAUCUCGUUGAUGUUUGGUGAGGAUAGAAAUCACUCCCUCCUGAUGAAGAAAAUGUGUAACAGAGGAGGCUGCAGAGAAAGAACUUCGUAGCUUGGGAAAGAAAGUGAUUGAAGAACUCAGGUGGCAACUGCAUGAUUGAAACUAUCCGAAGUCAAGAGUCUGCAUAUUCUUUCAACCAUAUUCAAGCUCUCCCAGGCUAUAAAGUGUGAUUGAACUGAACAUCUGUUUGGCUGAUCAUCAUGAACCGUGCUUUCAGCAGGAAGAAAGACAAAACAUGGAUGCAUACUCCCGAAGCUUUAUCAAAACAUUACAUUCCCUAUAAUGCAAAGUUUCUUGGCAGUACAGAAGUGGAGCAGCCCAAAGGAACAGAAGUUGUGAGAGAUGCUGUCAGAAAACUCAAGUUUGCAAGACAUAUCAAGAAAUCCGAAGGCCAGAAAAUCCCUAAAGUUGAGCUGCAAAUAUCAAUAUACGGGGUAAAAAUUCUGGAACCGAAAACAAAGGAAGUCCAACACAAUUGCCAGCUUCAUAGAAUAUCAUUUUGUGCAGAUGACAAAACUGACAAGAGGAUAUUCACUUUCAUAUGCAAAGAUUCUGAGUCAAAUAAACAUUUGUGCUAUGUAUUUGACAGCGAAAAGUGUGCUGAAGAAAUAACUUUAACAAUCGGCCAAGCAUUUGACCUGGCAUACAGGAAAUUUCUAGAAUCUGGAGGAAAAGAUGUGGAAACAAGAAAACAGAUUGCAGGAUUGCAGAAAAGAAACUUAGUGUUCUCAUGUGACUUUGCUUCACUUCCUGAUGCUUCUCAUGGGGAUCAGAGCAGCAGAAGCAGCAGAUGCUGGAUUCAAGACUUAGAAACCGAAAAUAUGGAACUUAAAAACAAAGUACAAGAUUUGGAAAGCCAGUUAAGAACAACCCAAGUAUCAACAUCUCCAGCAGGCACCGGGACACCCAAGGCCCCCUCCACCGACAUCUUUGACAUGGUACCGUUUUCUCCGGUAUCACACAUGACUUCAACCCCUGCUCGCAAUGGCACGCAGCCGCCGCCGGUACCCAGCAGAGCUACUGAGAUCAAGCGGGACCUGUUCGGAGCAGAACCGUUUGACCCGUUUACCUGCGGAGCGGGGGAUUUCCCUCCGGACAUUCAGUCGAAGCUGGAGGAGAUGCAGGAGGGGUUCAAAAUGGGACUAACUCUUGAAGGCACAGUAUUUUGUCUCGACCCAUUAGACAGCAGGUGCUGAUGUCAAGAACAAGAAAUCCAGAUUUGUGUUAAAUUUGUUUUAUAUGCAUAUAGAUCAUUCCUUAGUACCAUAUGACAGGUAGUGUCUGUGUGCCAAUAUGUUUUUGAAGAUCUUCACUUUUUGCAAAUUAUUUUAGUAAAAUGUCUUCCACUAUUGAUCUAUAACGUUUAUUUUAAAAAUAAGUCACUGUAAAGUAAAUCAUACUUUCAUGUUCCUUUCUGUGUCUCUUGUAGAUGAAUUCAGAAUCAAAGAACAAAUUAUCCAAAUAUCUGCCUUGUGUCUGAGUUCUAAAUAAUUAGCAUCUUGAAAUCUGUGUUCAUUUUCCAGGCUGCUACUUUAUUAUUCAUUCCCCAAAGCCAUACCUUGAUGAUACCUUUCAGUCUUGAGGAGAUAUACCAAUGCUAAACUUAGUAUAUUCUGUAUUCAGACCAGUAAGCAUGUUACCAUGCAUUAGACAGGUGUUAUUUUAUGUAUUAGAUGUUGUUCAUAUCAUCGGCAAAAUGUAAACUUUGAAUAUAAUGCCGCCAGGUCAUUUUUAGCAGGUAAAAUAGCAAAAAUAUAAUUUCCAAUAAUAAUUAAGCCAAAUAAUUAUUUAUUAGUAAAAGCAAAGUAAUAAUGUUAGCUACUACAGUCAGUCAUACUCUAAAUCUUUUAUUUAUUUCAUAAGUAAGGAUAAUAGUAAAAGCCAAAAAUUUGCUCAUUACAAAUACACUUAAGAUUUAAUUUCUAAAGAGAUAUGUUACAUUGCUAAACAUCUAAACAUCAUCUGAUCUAAUAUUUUCUUUAAAAAAUGGAAUGUCGGUUGUCUACAGUUGCAAAAUCUAUUACCCACAUUUACUUUACCAAAUAUAUUUUUCUUACUGAAUAUUAUUCUCAUAUUUUCUUCUUUGAUAAACAUAUUCUCACCAGAUUUUAUUUUGUGACGCCCCUUUAGUUUUGGUACUUUAAAAUCUCUAACAAUUAUUCUUUAUGAAUCAACAGUAUUAUUUAGCAACUUUAAUUCGUAUUUGUUUCUGUUGAAGUCAGAAUUUCAUUUUUUACAAAAAUCAAGUGGCUUCUCAGUUUGGGUUAACAUGAACAAUGAAAUUUUCUUUCAUAAUAUGCUGAUGAACUCUGACCUGUUAAAAUGUUAAUUUUCUAUAUCUUUGCCUAUCAUGUAACAGAUUUUAAUUGGUAUUCAGUACAAGAAGGAUUUAUAGUUAAAAUUUAUAAUUUGGUUCAUUGCAUCAUAAGAAAAACAGAUUAAAUUAAUAAAAAUGUGAGCUUAGAUUAGGGAUAUAUCUCAAAAAUAGAUUUUUUUCUUUUACUCCUGGGAAAUUUUGUCAAGUGCUAAGGGUACAUAUUCACUAGGAAAAGAAAUUAUAAAAUGCUUAUGCAAUGUUAUAUUUGUAUGUAUCUUCAUAAUGUUCUAUGGUAGACAUAAGCCUUCUUACUUGUUUCUGUAUUGGCUAAGUUGUACCUUAGUUAGAGCUUAGCAUAUGUUUCAUAAAGGAGAAUCUUUAUAAUUUUGUUUGUCAUAUAGUAUUUUGGAAUUUGUAUAAUGAGGAUGUUUAGAAGCCAUAUUAGUGGCUUUUUUUAACAGAUAGAAUUUGUAUUUUUAUUGUACUUCAAAAGCUUUAUGUAAUAGGUAUAUAUUUAGUGGCCAUUUAUUACCAAUGGUAACACCAUAGAGUACUAAGAUGGAAUUUGCACACUUAAGAUACGUUACCUUACCAUUUUUAAUGGUAAUCAGUUCUGCUGCUGGCAUGACUAAAUAGUACACAAUUGGUUAUUAAUUAUGAACGUUCAUUUCUCCAGUCCAUUUUUAUGAAGAUCUGGUUGAAAAUUGUAUUUCUAUGUAAACUCAAUGAUAUGUUUGAUUUUGCUGAGAAUAAAUGAUUUUAAAUAAA